AUGUCAGCAACUGAAAGCCGACGGGCAAGCAGCUCGCAUGCUUCACAAAUGGCAGCCGAGUCGCCAGCUCCUUCGUCAACAAGGCAGCGCCCCGCCUCACCCGCUCUACAACCUGCUGCAGGCCAGCGGACUCCCCUUAAUGUCGCAAACAUCCCUUCCUCGCGCCCUGCCGCUGCCCCCGAAUCAUCUCCCGACUCAUCGCCAACCCAAACCGAUUCUACACGAGAAACGACGUCCUCACCUCAGCGCAUCAAGGUCCGCGAUUUGAAACACAUCCAGACCAUGGCAGACAACGAAAUGCAUCCCUUUGCGGAAGAUGGCAACAAAGUUGGUGAUCAGGGCCCGCAAUAUGAAAUCAGCGGCAUGCCCAUUGAAAACAUCAUCGAAAUGGUCGCUGGUCUCUUGACCAAAAUCACAGCUACGAACGAUAGACAACACCAGCACCUACACCACCAGAUGACCCCACCAGAGGGCGGCUCGUCCUCGAACCGAAUGCAAUCGAACAGUGUACUGGCUUUUCACGGAAAGAACGUGCCUAGCAUCACAAUUCUGAGCUACCUUCUUCGCAUCAACAAAUACUGUCCCACGAGCUACGAGGUGUUUCUCAGCCUGUUAGUCUACUUUGAUCGCAUGAUGGAAAAGGUGAACGCGGGCGCCAUGCAAAACCUACGAGAGAUGGACAGACACGAACGCGCUAUAGCUUCUGAGCAAGAACUCAAGAGUCCUACUUCUACACAUUUCAUGGAGGGUGUGGCACCUGCGAGCCAUGGCUACGCACAAACAGCAACACCUCCGUUGUCUGGUGAGCUCGGAACACAAAAUCAAGGAGCCGUACCUGGUACUCCUCAUAGCAAAGCUCGUCAGCCCGACUCUCCUGCGGCAUCUGCUCUGGACGCAGAUACUCUCGACCUUUCACAUCUCUUUGUUGUUGACAGCUUCAACAUUCAUCGCUUGGUUAUUGCAGGUGUGACGUGCGCCAGCAAAUUCUUUUCCGACAUCUUCUACACAAAUUCGCGUUAUGCUAAGGUUCGUUCUGUCCUGAAAUGUUUUCAAUCUUGCGCUAACAUUUCUUACAGNGUUGGUGGCCUCCCUCUUCCUGAGCUCAAUCAUCUUGAGUUGCAGUUUCUACUCUUGAACGACUUCCGACUAUCCGUCCCUGUUGAAGAAAUCGAAGCAUACGGAACCACACUGGUUGAGUUCUAUGCCAGAGAGGUUUUAGCUCAGAGAGCAGAGCAAGCCGAAUAA